AAAUAUUUCUCUGUUAAACUAGGUUAUGAUAAAAGAUAACGGUGUUAGGGGCUGGUUCCCAGCUGAUCUUGUGUUAACAACGUGAGCAUGAAAUAAGGAAGUAAAUUAUUAUUCAAUAUGUAAAAUUAUGGGCUCUGGGAUUUCCAGAAAGAAAAAGGAAAAAGACGAGAAAUCAGACAAAGAAAGCAAGAAGAAAAAGAAACCGUCAAAAACUUCAGCUCGUUUGAAGAAUAAUAACAAUUUAAUAAAUGCUGAGGAAGGAAACGUCGGAAGGAGGACGGAAGAUACACAUUCAGAUACAAAUACGGAUAUGGAUGUUGGAGGCAAUAUAAAUGGUAGUUCGGCUUUAAAUGAACAAACUAAAAGCAAAGUGGUCCAAGUGUAUAACAAAUCAACAAAAGACAUGGAGAAACUGAAUUACGAUAACAACGCGAUAAAUGGAAGGAAGGAGGACGUACAGUUUGAUAAUUCUUCGAUGGAUAUGUCAGAAAAUUCGUCUCCGGCAGACAAUACAUGUAUCGGUUUGGACACUACCUGUGGAACAGAAAGUACUGGGAGAAGUGCUGAAUUUUCAGAAAACGAAAGUGAAACUACAACAGCCGAAAAAAAGAAUAACAAUGUAGUGCCUUUGGACAAUGUUAGUUCUGGUGAUAAAACUGAACCAAACAACAAAGCGGGAAAAGGUCAGGUAUAUGACCAAAUUGAUAGUUCUACUGGCGAUAAUACAUUUGACAACAAAACUGGAAAAGGUCAGGUAUAUGACCAAGCUGAUGGUUCUACUACGAAACAUUCUGGUGACAAAACUGGAUCCAACAACAAAGCUAGAAAUGGUCAGGUAUAUGACCAAGCUGAUGGUUCUACUACGAAACAUUCUGAUGAUAAAACUGGAUCCGACAACAAAGCUGGAAAAGGUCAGGUAUAUGACCAAGCUGAUGGUUCUACUACGAAGCAUUCUGAUGAUAAAACUGGAUCCAACAACAAAGCUAGAAAUGGUCAGGUAUAUGACCAAGCUGAUGGUUCUACUACGAAACAUUCUGAUGAUAAAACUGGAUCCGACAACAAAGCUGGAAAAGGUCAGGUAUAUGACCAGACUGAUGGUUCUACUACAAAACAUUCUGGUGAUAAAACUGGAUCCAACAACAAAACUGGAAAAGGUCAGGUAUAUGACCAAACUGAUGGUUCUACUACAAAACAUUCUGGUGAUAAAACUGGAUCCGACAACAAAACUGGAAAAGGUCAGGUACAUGACCAAACUGAUGGUUCUACUACGAAACAGUCUGGCGAUAAUACAUGCGACAACAAAACUGGAAAAGGUCAGGUAUAUGACCAAGCUGAUGGAUCUACUACAAAGAAACAAAGCGAAAACGUUACAAGUCAAAAUGAACCUGCUAAUGAUGAUGAUGCUGAUGUUGAAAGACCUGCGAAGGAAUGUAAGAACGAAACGUUUGAAGAGUUUCCCCCAAAAGAGGAAAAUGGCUCCAACGUACUUGAACCUGUCAAAUUAGAAACUGUACCGAAAAUAUCAAAUUCAGAUGCCACAAACAGUGAUUCUAAACAAGAGCAAUUAUCAUCUUCUGAGGGCAAUGGGAAGACUGAAAAUUCCAGAGAUGAAGCUCCUGCCAAAACAACUGAUGGGCAGGGCACAAGUGUCUCUACAGAUUCUAACAAGGAAGAAAAUAAGCAGGCGACAAAGGAGAAUAGGCUGAAUGACAAUUUAGAGUUCUAUAGAAAUGAACUGUAUUCAAGACCGUUCCCGGGUGCAAAGAUUGAAGAUAUGUUAGAAUGGAAAGGCGAUUAUCUAAGGCUAGAGCGAACACAUUCAUAUAUACAAUGGCUUUUCCCAAUACCAGAAAGUAGGGGUAUGAAUUAUUCAGCACAACCUCUCCAAGAGCAUGAAGCACAGGCCAUAAGUGAGAAUGAAUCAUUAAGAGAUAAAGUUCUUGAAGCUUUCAAAAUGAUGCUAGAUUUCUAUGGAAUGGAGCUUGAACUAGAACCAUUGACGUUCAAACGCGGGGACAACUGGAAGGAGAGAUAUGAGCAUCUAAAUAGGUCAAUACACAACCAUUUCCGAAUAACAAGAAUUAUUAAAGCACUUGGGGAGUUAGGUUGGCAACAACUACAGAAGCCUUGGUUAGAAUUCAUGAUACAUGAAGCAACAAUAAAUCAAGUUCUACCAAAACUGAAUAACGACUCUACUAUGAGUCAUUUUAUUGAUGGAUUAAAAGAAGACGAAGAAAAAGGGAUGAUAUACCAUUUGCUAGCUGACUUGAACGUCACGUCACAUAAAAACGCCGCUGAUGUUAGUGAGAAUGAUGGUAAAGAUACUUCUGAUAGGAGCGAUAAAACUGAUGAAGGAAGUGAAGACAACAGUGUAGAUGAUAAUAAAGGAACUGAAUCGAUAGAAAGUAUAAGUGAAAAGAGUGCUAAAGACGGCAAAGAAGAGAAACUGGAUGAAGAGAAGGAAAACAAAAAUCUUGUUGUCGAUAAAGCAGAUGUGGAUGAUAAUAAAUCUGAAGAAAAUAGCGAUAGCAAAGGUAGUGAUAAAAACAAUAAAGGGGAUAUAACGAAUGAAAAUAACGAUGAGAACAAUAUUGAUGAUGAUGGUAAAAAAAGUGAUAGCAAAGACACAGCUAAUCCUAAUGUUGCAGAUGAAAAUGAAUUAGGUGAAGGCAAUGGAACACACGACGGUGCAGAUUUACGAGGGUUGAAGAAAGCUGGAAAUUCAUUAACGGAAAUCAAUAAAGAGGAGGACGUUGUUAGUGACAGACAGUAUGAUAAAGAGGAAAACAAAGCAAAUCAAUGUGGCCCUGAAAAUGAUAAGAAAUACGCUGAUAGCAAAAGCAACACAAAUCUAGCUGAUACUGAUCAGAAAGAUGAAGUAGGAGAGGUAACUGGUAAAUGCAAUAAGGACAAGAAAGAUACAGAAGAUGCGGAACAAAAAGAGGUUGAUGAAAAUUUAACGGAAAGAGUGUAAGAGUAGUAAUGCUGGCACAAGGAAAAAAAAAAUACUUACGUUUGACAUAAGCAUUUUCCAUGAAAAUAAAACUAAGUUGAUCAUUACAUUUUCAAGGUACCUGAUCACUGUUAGGGUGAAAUGUUUGAAAGCAUUAACUUAAGUAGAUUUUGAUACAAACAUGAAAAUAGGAGAAGUAAACGAUGUUUGUUGAAUAUUUCUGAAACCUCAUUUAUGUUAGAGGAUUGGGUUUGUCCAUCAUUUCAGAGAUUUUUAACCUCCUCAUCGAAACUGUACAUGACCCUUAGUUUCAUAUAUAAAUAAGUUUGUACCAAAAGUCACUUUUACCAAACAUUAAAGAUAUACUAGACCCAAAUUUCAAAUGUGAAAAUAUGAAUAAUUAUAUAAAGAUUGUGUAAACAUAAAGUUAACAAGUUUAUGCGUGUUAUCUGCAUUAUGCAUUGGAUGUAAAAUACUCCAUACUUACAUGCAGCACAUGUAUAUAUAGCUUAACACAGUAUAAAUGAGUAAUGCCACUACGAAAACUGAAAGUUAAGUGAAAAACGACUUUUACUACAAGGUAUUUAAUCGCGAAUGUAGCUGAAUAUACACAAUUAAUUCAUAUAUUCGAUGAGGUUUUCAUAUUUGAAUUAAAUAUCUGAAGAUAAAAUAUUUUAGUGAAAGGUGGACAUUGGAUAUCUUUAACCAGUAUUAACGGGAUGACUUUCAAAAAUGAUGUCUUAAAAAAAGGGCAUUUUCACCGAAUUAUCGCGUUUUGUAUUUCAGUGACAAUAACCACAUUCUCUGGCGUGAUGUUUAUGUCAGUAAAUUGACCUUCCUUUAAAUUAAUGAUUGAAGUUAAUUGUCAAGGAAGACAGUAAAAUUAGAAAUGGCAAACAUUAAAGCACUAAGUACCAUAUUAAUUGCUAGGCUGAGUAAUUGAGGUUGUUGCCGAAUGUUACGUACAAAUGGGCGAUGAGUACAUUCGUUAGAAGUCGUUCCAUUAGUUUUAUUUAUGUGAAUUUCACUUUAUGCCAUUCUCUACAUUUUUUCGAACUUUGCUAUAUGUAUUUUGGUGACACCAUAUAUGACAUAUCUUUGUCGAAUUACGUGGUAUCUUUGUCCCAAUAUAUAUACAUACAAAUAAUAUGCUAUUUUAAAUGUUUUACUAUUAUAGACGGUCAUAUUAUUGCUACUACAGUAUGUUUUUUAUGCCCCCGAAGGUGGGCAUAUUAAACUUGUAGGCCUACUGUCCGUCCGUGCGUCCGUGUAAAUUCUUGUCCGGGCUGUACCUCUGACAUCCAUUAAGGGAUUUUAAAAUAACUUGGCAUAAAUAUUCACCAUAAUGAGACGACGUGUCAUAGCAAGACCCAGAGCCCGACCUCUAGCUCCAAGGUCAAGGUCACACUUAGAGGUCAAAAGUUAACAGGGUCUGUUUCGUGUCCGGACCAUGACUCUUCCAUCCAUGAAGGGAUUUUGAAAUAACUCAGCAUAAAUGUUUACCAUAAUGAGACGACGUGUCAUGCGUAAGACCCAGACCACUAGCGCCAAGGUCAAUGUCACACUUAGAAGUCAAAGGUUAACAGGGUCUGUUUCAUGUCGGUUCAAAACUGUCAUUCAUCAAGAAAUUUUGAAAUUUCUUGGCUUAAAUGUUCCCCAUAAUGAGACGACGUGUCAUGCGUAAGAUCCAGAUCCCUAGCUCUAAGGUCAAGGUCACACUUAGAGGUUAAAGGUUAACAUGGUCUGUUUCUUGUCCGGUCCGUAACUCUGCCAUCGAUGAAGGGAUUUUAAGAUUACUCAGUAUAAAUGUUCCCUAUAUUGAGAUGACUUGUCAUGCGCAAGACCCAGGCCCCUAGCCCCAAGGGCUAGGUCACACUUAGAAGUCAAACGUGUGUAGCGCUUUUGACCCGGGCCUCUCGGGUCAAGGUCAAGGUCACAAAAUGAUGUGUGAUUUUUUUCGCAGACAACUGUAACAUUCUUGGGCUUCGGGGGCAAUUAUGGUGAACAUUUAUGCCAAUGUGUGAUAUCUCAUACUAUAUUUGGUUGUAACGACAAUUGUUUUUAAGUGCAUGCUUAAAUUGUGAUAAGCUUUAAUCAUUUAGUAUCAUCUUUUCUCUCUGCCUUGUAAUUAAGAUGCAAAUGGUUAUGUAAAAUAUUUUGUCUUUUUUUUUCUACAAGUUUAUGAAACACCAGAAAACGCACGUAGCACUGUAACAACAAUAAAUGAAAAUUAGAAAG